AAAAAAAUGUCUAGCUAUCUCCACAAGGGGGCAGAGUUCUCCUUAAUAUUCAUACUAUAUCCACACUGUUAAAGGGUCAACUCAAACAACCAAGAAAAAAAAUACAUCAGAAUGGUUGUGAACUAUAUAUGCAGAUUAAAUUUCAUUAUUCCAUUCAAUCAUUGAGGGCGAAUAUAAAAAAGGAUUUUCAUCUACCUUAUUUUUUACUGCAUUAAAAGAUUCACUUUGCUGAGUGAUACAGCUGUAUAAUCAGCAGACACUCUGCUCCCCUCAGGUGCACAAUGCUUUAUUUACAGGUUUUGUAUUUUAAGCUUUGGUUUCAAGAAAAUGGGCAGAAGUCAUCUAGUGGUCUUGUGAUUAAGCAGAUACCAUCAAACAGUUUACUUUGCUCCAGAACCCUUUGUUGUUUCUUACUCUCUCUCUCUCAGUUUCCUGUCCAGUGGCAUACCAGACUAUAUGAGGAACAGGGAUUAAAAAAAGAAGAAAAGAGAGCCACAUGUCGACAGUCUUGAUCUUGAACUUAAAGAGAAAGAGAGCUGCAAACAAUCUAAGAAACUAGUCAGACACAAACCACUUUUUAACAACUAGGGCUGCAUUGUGUUGUAUUGCAUAAUAAAGCGUUGUAGUUUCUAAGCUGGAAGAACACCCUGCAGAGCCUUUUGUUCCAUUUUAUAGAGCACUUAAUCACAUUUUAUCCACCACAGGAGCCUCCAAGUGAGCACUUCUUCUGUUUAAGUUCCCAUUUCCAACAUAAAAACAAAGGCUGAAAAGAGAUAAACGAAGGUAAUAAUGAGAUUUAAUCAUUUCAGGGUCUGUAUAUUUUGAGUGCAAUGGAUGAUCUGUGGUUUUAGGAAGUGAAAAUGAACAUUAUUAACUGAUCCGCACGCUAUUGUGGAGUAUAUUAAGAGGCUCUACAGGGAUAUCACAGAGCAUAAUCAUCUCAUUUGAGAGUUAAAGGUAAUGUUACCACUUUAAUAACUUUAUAUUUCUUCUUUUUAAUCUUUAUUUUGAGGGAUUUAGAUGUUGUAACCCUAAAAUUCCCCUCUCCUAUCUACUGUAUCUCUGUGUGGAACACAUUUCAAGUUCAAUCAUGCAGGAAAUAUGACGUGUAAGGGUGGGAAUUUGAUUUCUUGCUUGGCCUCCAUUGUUUCACAAACAUCCUUCCACUACACGAGUAAAAGUGUGACAAAUAGCUCUGGACAAUCCCGAAAUAAUGACUGUGAAAAUGAUCAGAAACGCCUCCUGCUCAAUGUAUCAUGUAUCAUAAAAUGCUUUCACUGCAAGGAGCAGACUUAGAGCCGCAUAAAUCAACAUCAAUUCAGAUUGAUCAGAAGUGCCACUUCAAAUCAAGGUUUAAAUGAGUCUCCUUAAUUAGCUUUUUCAUACAGAAUUUUAAAAAAGUUGAAGUAAUCAAACAUGCCACUUCUGGUGUUGUGUGAGCUGAGAACCACAGACCGCAUUCCUUCAGUCAUGAGGCCGGCUGAUCUGAGUCACACGCUAACAGAAAGAAAGAAAGAGAAAGAGAGGAAAGACAGAGUGAUAAAGAGAGAGAGAGAGAAAACCCAAAGAGAGAAGUAGGAGGGGAACUUGCUGAGUCCCGUUUGAGCGUGAAAGUAACACUCCACCAGUCUGUGUGUACUCUACGACUAACAGGGCUGCAAUCAAGGAGUCAUUACUCUGUAUGGAAAUGAUCUUUGGAAGAAGAGAUGGGAUUACAGUCCUUACAGCUUUGUUGACGUGAUGGAUUUUUCAUUAGAAAGCAGGUAAGAUGUGUUGGAUAAUGUUUGUUUUGUACAGCUGCAUUGAAACUUUGAAGGAUACUGAAGCAACAAAUUUAAGACACACAAAAAAAGUAUGUCCUACUCUUCCAGGAAUUGCUUUUGAGCGAAAUACAAAAUGCAGAAUGAAUAGAUAAAUAAAUAGCUAAUUUUAAAGUUGUCUGCCUUGUAGCAAACACAAGUAUGAAAAAAAAACAAGCUGCAUCUUAGAGAUAACAAACUGCAAGUUCAGUUUUUACAGUGAUAAUAAUCAUGUUGUUUCCGCUUUAAAACUGCACCACUGCCGCCUGUGUUGUGUUAACAUCUUUAUAAUUUCAGCUCCUCUUUUGCAUGUGCAAAGUUUACAGGAAAUAAUACAUUUUCUCAGACUCUUCUUGACUCUAUUUAAAGGCGCAGAGGUGAGAAUGAAACACUUGAUAAAAUGCAAAGAGGAGUAACCAGCGAAGAGGAGCUGAGAGAGGUUAAGAGUUAACAUUACAGCUGCAGCUCUGAGUUUUCACACUUGAGUGGUGAAAUGUGGCUCCGUCACACAUAGGCAGGCGAGAAGUGAGAUGGAAAAGCACCUGCAGAGAGCCGGUUCUGUCUCUAAGAAGCACAUUUUUACUUUUAUCUUUCUUUUUCCCUGUCUGUCACAGACAUUAAGUGAUCACAGGAAGUGGUCUGUGGAGGGUUUUUGUUGGGUUGUGGUGUCAAGGCUAAAGAUGCUUCUUAUCUACCAUGAACAGACAGAGCUACAGUGUGGGGAUAAAAAGUGACAUUCAGGACAUUUUUAUCCAGAAAGCACUUUGAGUAUUGGCAGCCCUAGAGGCUUUUACAUUCACUUUAAGUCCCAUCUAAUAAGAGGGUAAAAGACCUGCUCUGCAUCAUAACACUGAAGGUCAUCAGCCCUAGAGAAUAAAGGAGGACUAGACUGAAAAUUUCAGGUAGGUAGGAAUAUUCUCACCUCUUCCUUCAGCUCAAGUUUACAGCAAGAAGUUGGUACUUUACUCUUAUACGAACCAGUGGUGUAAAAAGCUUCACAUGACGAAUUACACAAUUGAGUAAAUUACAUCAUUUCUUAUUUCACAACAAGUUUCUAGAAGGACAAAAUGUUCUGCUUUUAAAAAGUACUAAUUCAAAGCAGAAUUUUUAACACAAAAGAGUCUGUCUGACCUCUUCUUCUACUUCUUCUGCGAGCGAAGACUCUGACUUCUCCCUCUGAAAGCAGAAGUGAUCUGGUUUGGCUUCGUGCCGACGUCAGCCUUAUCAUCCUCCUUCAGUCACUUAAAAUAAUCAGGGGUUGUUAAUCAGUGACAAAAGCCGCGGCUUAUCAGAAGCCUUUUUCUAAAAACAGACAACACUCAUCUCGAGUGAACGCUCCACUUCACUUAUGGAUAAGUGCUACAGCUGUUUGGCUACAAACCAUUGAUGCAAAUAGGCCAUAAAGUCUGUUUCAAACUAAUAUUAUAGCCACUAUUUUUACCCUUGACCUCUUUUUUCCCCCGUGUUUCCAUUUUAAAUCACAUACUUACCUUAAUGCCUGAAACCACAAAUUAUGGCCAGAAAAUUCUAAUUUUUUUAGAGCUGAAAUGUUUAUUUCAUUUACUCCUGAAAACCAAAAAAAUCUAAAUGUCCUUAAAAUUUAAUAAAUAUAUUUAUUUAUCUCGUUUGAUAAACCACAAGACGACAUUUUUAUCAUUUAUCGGACUGUAUUCAGGUGUUUUUUUAGUGAUUUGUUGAUCAUAUUGAUUUGAUAGAAGUAUCAUAAAAGUAUGUAUCAAAUAUGAUACAAAAGGCAUUAAAGGGUUAGACUGCCAUUUCAAAUAAGACGUAAUCUCUUAUGUUUAUUCCUACUUCUCUGUUGCAGUCACGCUAUGAUUCUGUGGUCUCUUAUUCCUUUUUUUAUGAAGUGUUGAAUGACUGCUGUCACAUGAAAACGGAUCAUCUUUCAGUGACAGUUCAGCAGGAAUGACUAAGGAAAUUUCAUACUUUGCAUUUUGUCAUCAGCUCCAAGUGCUGCUUAUUGUUCAUGACUUUCCGGUGCUGUUUUCUCAUGAUUUCAUACUGAAUUUAUUGAAUUUUCUUCGAGGAUCAAUAAAGUUCUUCUUCUUCUUCUUUUUGCUCUGUAGACCUUGGAUUCAUCUAAGAUGAUGGAGGGGCAGAACGGCAUUGGCCAUCUAACGGAGGAGGAUGUGGAGGAUGUGCAAAUCAGACCGAAAUGGUCAAACGGUAGCAGCUUCUUCUUUGUUCUGAUUUCUUUUAUUUUGCAAUUGCACUGCAGAAAAACAAUAAACUUCUCCUUUUAGACAACCUCAGAAACAUGGAUGUGUUUUAUCCUUGAAUAAAGGUGUUUGGAAAUGAUGGAAACUGAAGGCUUGUCCUCUCAGGAAAUGUGUGUUUGAACAGUAUUUGUCUGCACAGCUUGAGUUUGUUCAGACCGGCUCCCCUCAGUUCAGGGAGAUGAUAAGACGGGUUAUUCAUAUUUGACUGCCCUACAUGGUUUUGUGUUCCUGCUGUGUUUCUUCUGCUGUAGUUCUCCGUAGUGUAAUCUUUUAGUUGUUGUUCUCUUAAAUCCCUGAACUUACUGCAAUUAUAUCACAGUUUACUAUUGGUCUUUCCUGUUCUCUCAUCUGAUCUCAGGUCAGUGCGUUCUGGCGCUACCGACCUCUUCGACUGUGAACCCCACUUUUGAUCUGUCUCAGUGUCGGGCCAAGCUGGAGGAUGAUGGCUUUGAGGUCAGCAAACGCAACGACUCACUGUAACCCAUAAAGUGUUAUUCAUUCAUGUCGAAGGUGGUGUUUCAGUUCAUUUUUGUUUUAUGUUGACAGAUUCCAGUCAGAGACUUGGAGGUCCCGCUGAAGAUAGCUCUGGACGUUCCCUCAGUCAGGAGAUACAUGGUUUUCAACUCGGCUCUCUUCCAUUUUAUAUUUGCACCGGUACGAUCAACCAUCAUCGACCACUGAAGUCUGAACUGUGCUUUUGAAUCUCCAUCAUAUCAUGUAAAGUCUAAACACCAGAAAAAAUAAGACCAGUGGUGCGUCAGUAAGGGAUUUGCAUACCAGGCCUUUUUGUUUGGUGUCUUGUUUGGGUGUGGUUUGUGAUUUUGAACCACCAGUUUGAAGUUGAACGUUAAUGAACCACAUCAUGUAAGCGUGUGGAGCUGGUGUUCUCGCUUUUUGCCUUUGGAGGGCAGAGAAAAUAGAUCAUGAUUUUAUCCCACACCAGGAUGAAAGGAGGGUGAACAGUACUUCAAAGUAAGCACUGACAAGCAGCACAUUAGCGCGGUGGUUAGCACUACCAUCCCACAACGGUCUGAAAUUCCUGCCGGGGCCGUCUUGUUUGGAGCUUUAGUGAAAGAAGACACGAGUGUUUGUUAGGGGCGAAAGAAUUUGUAUUAUUUGGAGUUUUUCGUGGUGAAUCCUUGACAAUCAGAAAGUCACACUUGUUUUGGAGCGUCUUUCCCUCAAAGGCCACCAUUGUGUUGAGGAAAGGUAGUGGUUCAAUCUAGAUCCUGGCAACUAGAUAUUGCUAAAAUUCCCAAUUUCAAUCCUCUUAGCCAAACUAAGGCUCCUGCUCUGAAAUUACCCUGCAUGAACACUGAUAAGUUUCCUUUUUUCCUGUUACUUCUAAUAAGGAUUUUAUAAGUUGGUAUCCAGCUGGAACAUUUCACCCUUUUUGGUGUCAGUAUAUUUUAUCACCUCUCUGCUCCCUCCUCCAGAUUCUGUACAUGGUUGUAUGGUGCGCUGUAUUUUCCACGCUCCACAUCUACAUUACUGUCAGCGACUACUGGGUCCUCUGCCUCUCUGUCAGCCUGGUCGCCAUCUUCAUCACCACAACCAUCAUCUUCAUCCUCCACCACAGUAACAAGGAUGUGAGUUAACCGCAUAUAUAGAAAUAUAUCAAAGAGGAACUCAGGCGUGUCAAAUUUUACUUGUUUUUAUCUCUUUUUGUGCGUCAGAUCGACAUGAAUUUGGAUGUUCGGUUAAUCCAGGUGAAUGAGAGGAUGGUGAAACACAAGCUGCUGGUGGCCGUCGCCGACUGGGUGCAAAACUGCAACGGAAACAUGAAGGUGGGUCAGAUUAAACAAGCUGAAAUUGAGAUUUUUAGGUUGUGCAUGUGCCUGAACACCAUCUCUUUGUCCUGUAUCUCUUCUUCUGUGUCUCUCUGCAGCUGUAUUUCGUGUACUGGGACAUGUCUCACUGUCUGAGGUCACUCACCGAAACUUUAGAGGAGCAAAGCUUUGUGGCGAAAGACCUCGAGGUAAGAGAGUCGUGUGCGUCUGUGGCUGCACUUGAUCUCUUGCUGUAUCAUCGAUUUUUCUGUUGCUCUCUUGUUUUCCCGCCUAACAAAUCAAUAGAAACAUAAUUCUAGUUGUUGGUUUAAGGGUGUUCGUUUCUGGACUUCAGGCAAACAGAAGUGGAAAUCAAAAUGAUCAAAUCACAUUUUUUUAUCAGAAAAAAAUGAAGAGGAGAAUGUCACAUCUGGUCCUGGUGACUGAGGUUAACCCCGAGGUCGGGGGGUCAGAUAUGGAGCAGGACCUGGAUGAGCAGAGACCUCUGCUGGGAGAAGAGGAGAUCAGCUGCAGUACCACAUCCAGCCAGCGGGAGGACACCAAAGUCACCACGAGCUACAGUCUGUUCCCUGAUGAAUCACUACCUGCUCAGGUAACCAGACUUUUUGUUUUUCAAUUUAAAAUUAAAGCCUUAAUUACUAUGUUUUUCAUUUAAGGACAGUAAUUUAACAUUAUAACCUUUCUUUCAGAGUUUUUAUGGGUCAUAGUUUACACCAAAUUAGUAUCCAAUUAGACAAAUCUUACCAGGGAGGUUUUGAAUGACUAAGUAAAUAAUCAAAUUCUUUAAAAAGCUGUAUUUAUCCUGUGUUUAACUAACUGCUUUGAGUGGGCAAAAGACUGCAAAAGGACUAUUCAAAUAUAUUCCAUUUACUCAGAUAAUUAUAGAUAUUUUUAUAUUUACACUACUGUUUUUAGAAAGAAAGAAAGCAUUCAGCUCUUACACAAUGACUCUGGGUGUUUCCUUUAUGGGGUAUUUUGGGACAGAUGGAUGACUAUGAAUGCCUGAAGUUAUUGUUUUUUGCACAUUUCCUCAAUGCUGAGCAGUAUCAGUUCCAGUUUCGCCACCUCUGACGAUUUCUUUAAUGCACUUUUUGCAGGCCAAAGCGUACCAGCUUCUUAUAACCUACAGCGCCGCAUAUAUGAAGCUGCUGGUGUCACAGAGGCUGUCAAACCACCGCCUACGUCCUCGGACGAAUCACUGCAGCGCUGCCCCUCUCUGCCUCUGUCAGUACAUCAAAAGGAAGAUCCUUCAAUGACAGAUCGGACUGGUGCUGGGGCACUUAAGGACUCGCUCUCUCUCUGCAGACGCUCUCGUGAUGAGAGAGCAUUUCCUCUAGGGCAAACAUGGCUUCUGCUCCAUGUUUGAGGACGUUUUGAUGACCUCUUUGGCGCUCCACACUUCUCAUCACACAGUUGUAUUUUUUUAAAUCUUUUGUCCAGCGACUGCACCUCUGCUGCUGUUUGCAUGCCAGCUCUGUGUUUGCACCACCUGGGUCCAUUUGGUCCCAACAAUCCUUUCAACCUGCCAAAAGCUGUCAAGCUGGGAACAAGCUGAGGUCUGUUCCAGCUGCUGUAGAACAAUAUUUGUACAUCCUGUACACAUGACAAUUACUGCUUUAGUUACUGCUGUUCAAAACAUUUGCACAAGUAUUUAUUAUUGUUUCUUUCAAACACAGUCUGCUGUGUUUCUCUGUGGUCAAAGUUUAUACAGAUGUGGAAAGUAGAGAGCGCGGUAUUUUUAAUACUGAUGCUCGCUGGUGAUAUCUCUGUACUUGACAGUGUUAGAAAACCACUCUGAUCUUUAACUUCAGAAAACAAAUAAUACUAAUAUUAGUUUCAGCACAUUGUUUAAUUUUUUUUUAUUUGUCCCCUUAUGACCUAAAAGGGCAAAAGAGGCUGUUCAAAAGAAGAGAGACUAUUUCUAUAAUUAUUUUCAGUGUGUGAAACCACCAGCAGCCCGAGUGAUAAACCGUUUACUUUGUUCACAGAGGGCAUCUACAUCAAGACAAACUAAAUGUUCCUGACUGGAGCUUUAAAAGUUUGGAAGGUUGUCUAUGAGACAAUAAACAUGUGUAAAAUCCUUGUGUGCAUGAAUUAAUAUUCUAUACAUGUGUAAAUAAAUACAGUAAAAGGUGCGAUAUUUUCUUUAAUUAUUGUUAAGUAGAUUUAAAGUUGCAUUAAAUUCGAUUUAAGUACUUUAAACUGUGUGCUGAAGAACAAGACGUGCCACUUACUUGCCUUGAAUUAUUUUUGCAUUGAUGUAAUGUCAUUUAAAACUCACAAGAUUGAACACGGGACAAACUAAAGCUGAUACUGAUGCGUCUUUAUCGCCCACAAAUGCAAAUGAAACCAUCAGUGUGAAGACUGACAAUUUCCUUAUUGUUUUUUUUUUUUUUUUUUUGACGUAUGAAACACAUUGUGGUGAGUAAAGGUGUUAGAGGUGAUAAACGACAAACCGCCAGUACAGAAUUCUCUCACAUUUCCUGCUGCAAUAAUUCUUGAUGCCUGAUAAAUUUGACUGGUAAAGUUUAAAGACAACACAUGUGUACAGGGCAUGGUUGGGAAAGAGAUGCGGCACCACUUUGUCUACAGGGCGGAUCAAAAUAAACAAAAACUGAAAAUCUCUCA